AUGAAACCAGUACCGGUUGCAAGGUAUCAGCGAGUCCCUCGCACAAGAACCCAUUACCCAACCACCAAACAAUCCGAGACCCUGGCGCCUAAUCCGCGACCCCGCUGGCCAAUCCCCCGAUUCAAGCAAUUCUUAUUCCGACGCCCACUGGCCCCGGGCAUUUUCUCGAGUUACCCUCCCCGCCGCCGCGACCCCAAACAAAGCACCCUCUCAGCUUUCCUCCGCAUCCUCGUCGGUCCCCUCAGAACCCGCCACGCCCAGAACAGUCUCUGGAACUUCCGUCACGAGGCCCUCCCCGCACUGCGACACCGCGCGCAAUCUCGCAUAUACCGGGCUAUCGUCCAGCGCCAGGUGCGGCGAGCAGCGCGCCUUCGCAGAGUCGGUGGGGGCUUUGUAUCAUAUCUAUUUGGACCUCGGCGACGGCUGCGGAGCGGGAGAGCGGCAACGAGCGUGCUUGCAGGGGCUACGUCCAUCGCGAAACGUGUUCGAAAUAUUCGCAGGCCCAUUGACGGGCCGAAGGAUGCUACGAAAGGCCUAAUGGCCUCGUCUACAUGGAGCGGUGAUGGUUCAUAUGCUACUGGGAGCCGCCGCAAGAAAGCCUAUGAGUGGCUGAAGGCAGCGAAUGACUUAGGGCAGACAUACAAAUCACGCUGGGCGGGACAGGGAGCUGGUUCCGAAGAGGACUAUUAUCAUACCCCGGGCGCGUUUCCGGAUGUCGAGAUUGCGCGGUCUGGCGAUGAAGAGAUGGUUCUGUUUCCCAGCUAUGCCAGAACAUUGCCACCAGUAAAAAAGGGUGCUGGCGUGCGCCCACGGCGAGAUUCAUGGAGUGAGACCAUUGAUGAUUAUCGCGGCGCUUCCCAGGGGGAUAACUUUGGGUCUAUCUUGAACGAACCUGAUGUAUCUAAUGCGAUAGUGGAUGUUGAUGUUCGUGGAUGGAUCUAUGCGCCGAAUCGAGGACCGAUGAAUCGCAAACAUCGUCUGAUGAUCAAACUGGCCCGAACAUUAAGUGGCGUUCCGACUCCCUCUGGCGUUCCCAAUGACGAGAGCUCUGACCGAGUUUCCGGCAGAGGCGAAGAUGAAGAUGUGGACAAGCAGAUGCAGACUCUGGUCGACAGAGCAGAAAAAGACGCCGAUUCCUCUUGGAAGAGCUCUAAUACGGAGCGAAGCCGGGCAGACCCAGGUCAGACUGCAGCGAUGACCAAAGACCAGGUUUCUGUCGCCAAUGCACAUCUCAUGGAACGACUGCGUCCAUUCUUGACAAACCCUAUGGCUGGUAUGCCGGUAACUGUGUUCUUUUUCAAUGAUGAUCAGAGCGAGUCCCGGAACAUGAUGACAGAUGAGUCCGGUCAUUUUAAUAUUCGUGCUCCGUUGUCAUUUGUGCCGACUCAUAUCCGAGUGCUUGCUUCCGAAGACUUGUCUGCUGCGAAGCCAAUCGAAAUUAUCGAGCCCGUCGGUAUCAGUCUCAUCAGUGACAUCGAUGAUACCGUCAAACACUCAGCUAUUGCCAGUGGCGCAAAGGAAAUGUUCCGAAAUACCUUUGUUCGUGAGCUAGCCGAGCUGAAAGUUGCCGGAGUUGACGAGUGGUAUACACAAGUAGCCAAGAAGGGGGUGAAACUUCACUACGUCUCCAACGCCCCCUGGCAGCUUUAUCCAUUGCUAGAGAGAUAUUUCAAGUUGGCAGGCUUGCCGCCGGGAUCUUUCCAUCUCAAGGCGUACUCAGGCAUGUUACAAGGAAUAUUCGAGCCGACAGCCGAGAGAAAAAGAGGUUCAUUGGAGCAACUUCUGCGUGACUUCCCCGAGCGCAAGUUCAUCCUAGUUGGUGACAGUGGAGAGGCCGAUCUGGAAGUCUAUACCGAUAUUGCCUUGGCAAACCCAGGUCGCAUUUUGGGAAUCUUCAUUCGAGAUGUUACGACCCCAGAGAAGAAGCCUUUCUUUGAAAAAUCUGUCGGGAAUCUUGAGAGGGCCGAUGGGUACAAUCGCAGUACUUCGCAGCUUGUGGACUCCUCGGAUUCUCUGCCGAGCAGGCCUACUCUGCCGCCUCGUCGACCCGUGCCAACGCCACCACCACCACCGCCUCAGAGAGAGGUAAAAAGCAUCCCUGUUGGGAACCUCAUAGAUAUAGAUGAUGAUAUUAUGGAAACAACCGCAAAGUCGAGCCCACCAGUGAGACCACGGGUGCCUCCUACUAAGCCGAGCAAACCAUCUUCGCUACGGACGGAUACAAUAAAUGCUGCACGUCAGCCCUCCCAGGAGUCAAUUCGUCGCAAAGCUGUGCCUCCCUUGCCACCCCGGGGAAGUUUAAUGGCCAGAAAAGAGUUGCUGGCAGAUUCUGACCCUUUCCCAUCCAUUUCUCGCACCCAGACCGAACCAGCGCUGGAAGAUGCAAGCAAUACGACGACACAAUCAUCUCGCUCAAAGAUACCACCUCCUCCCCCGCCACCCCGACGUACAAACACUACACCAUCCGCUACGAGCUCUGCAUCCAGCACGCCUGUACUGCGGCCUGCAACUGCAUCUCUGGCAAACAAACCUUCAUACCCGGUCUCUGGGACCGCUCAGGCUGCCUUGUCGUAUGCCACCGAACGACUUAACCUGUCUUCUUCGCCAUCACCUGGGCUCCGACAAUCACCAUCCAACCAAUCGUUGCCCCGGCAGUCAACUAGUAGUUUCAAUAGCUAUAGCAGCAAUGAUUCGAGCAUGCCGCCCGCGCCUUUGCCCAAUAAACGCGAAGAACUGUGGCGGCGUCGCUGGGAGCGUGCUAGUGAUACUCUCGAGAGCCGUGGUAUCGUGCUAGGCAGCUGGCGUGUUGGUAGCGAUGCUCAAUCGAUCUGCAUGUGGUUGAUUGAAGAAGCUAUGAAGGAGAUCAAGGCCAACGGUGCGGGACGCCGGGCAUAA